GGCAGUUUCGAACAACUCUCAGUUUCGCGUUCGCAUUUGACAGCGGAAUGACACUAAAAAACAUGUGUCUCCAGAUGAAUUUAGGAGUGUUGUCGGUGUUGACAGUUUUUGCAUGCUAUGUCAUAGCUGCUCCCAGAUGCAAUGAUAGUGAUCUCAGAGGCUGCAUGGAGGAGUUGAAAGUAUUGACGAACAACCAAGAUUUGGCGUUCGCUCAGACGGAGCGUGAACUGAGUCAGACUUGCGGCCAUCUCCAGGAUGCCAUGCAGUGUGUAAACAAUUUCACAAGCAGGUGCUUUGAUGAGAGCCAGAGGGAAUUGUACAGAACUUUGACGAGUGGCGCACAGCAGCUGCUAGCGGAUUUAUGCACUCAAGGGUCUGGUUUUCGAUCAAAAUAUUUGCUUCAUGCCAGCUGCUACCGAAAUUUGAGUGCGGAAUACCGGAAAUGUGCUGACAACUAUCUCACCCAACAAGAAACUGCAAAGAAGGAAGAUAUGCCCGUAAAAGAUAAACUUCGAAAAUCUUGCUGCUUAUUCGAUGGCUACAAAGAAUGCACUAGAAUUGCUGUUUUGCACAAGUGCAGCCCUGAAGCAGCAGAUCUUGGUGAGCAGAUCGUCACGAAAGCAGGAGGUCCCCUGGUUCAAACGCACUGUGCCAACUUCAAGCACAACACCCCAGAUUGCAUGUUCCACAUAUCUUCAGCCAUUUCAAUGUGCGUUCUUUCAGUCGCUCUUUACUCACCUGUUGUUUUGAUGCUGUUUUUUAAUUUCUUUUACGUGAUUUUAUUGUCUUCCGAACAUACAUUUUGAACAUAGAUUUGUCAAGAUGUUUUUGGCAUUGUUCGUUCAACUACUACAGGGACUCAAAGCCCCUCAAAACGCAAGUGGAACAUUCCGGGUAUCUUGUAAUGGUGCUAUCCAUAUGGAAGCCAUUUUUUAGGAUAAAUUUAUGUUGGAGAAGGAUAGGUCAAGUCAACAUAUGACCUAUGACUUCCGCAUAUUGCCAUGUCCUUUAUCACAUCUUAGGGCUGGUCUUUUUGUUUUUGUAAUUAUAUAAGAAUGUUCUCUGUGUUUAUUAUUGUUUCCGAUUAUUUAUACCAUAUUUGUGGAAAAUGACAGGAAAAUGUUUAUGACUAAUGUGCAUUAGAGCGUCGAUAAUCUGGAUAUUAUUAGCUUUGAAAAUCUGGAUUGUCUAUGAAACUUAGUUCUACAGCUAAUAUCUGAAAAACUGACGAAUUGAUUGUCAAAUUUUACAGCCUGUUUGUAUUCAGAAGACAAUCAAAAUAUUUUAUUAGUGAUUUGGUAAUGUAAUGUAUAUACUAAAUAUCUAAAAAGCCAAACGAUAAUUUUAAGAAAAAUGUAGAACAUUCUAAAUUCUUCAGUCAACUUUGUUUAUAUCAAUCCAUUUUAACUAGAAUCUUUUGAUAAAACAUUAUUUAUUGACAUUUGUUUUUACUUCGUUUUGGCAACAUAAUUGGUAUUUCAAUUCACAUUUAAGAAAUACAAAAUAACAUAUUUACUAUUAAUUUUUCGAAAAUGUCCAAGAAAAAUCCGGUUUGCUUAUAACCUUUUUGAAUUUAAAGAAGAACAACAUAGUAGUUAUUCUAGAUUAUCGGCGCCUUACUGCUUUUUUAUUUGCGGGUUGAUACGCAUAAAAAAAUCAAAAAAUGUUUGCUUUUUAAAUUAUUUUGGUUUUUCUUGUAGUAGCUUUUUUAUAAUAGGCUUUCGAUUCGAAAUGAAUUAAAUUAUUAUAUUAGUGAUGAAUAUUAUGUUUUGAUAAGAUAUAUAAAAAUUUGAAGAAUAACAACAUAUAACUAUUAUUUAAUUAAUUAAUAUACAACUGUCAUUAAAUCAGAAAUCUAGUCAUAUUUUUAAGAUGUUAAAAAAACACUAUCAGAAGUGUGGGUACAGAAUCUUUUGUAAUAAUCUAAGAUCUAUUUAAAUCAUUUAAUAAUUAUUUAAUCAAUUUCUUUCAACUUAUUAUUAAAAUGGGAAACUGUUUUCUAGGAAGAUAUAAAGGAUCUUUUUCUACAUUCGCUCUUAACAGUACAUUUCUAUUCUGAUUACAGGAUUAAGAUUCCAGCUCAUAAUGCUACUUAUUCAAUCAUAAGAUUUUCGCAUUAAUUAUUUAUUAACCAAUGCCACUUACAGAUUGUUAUUGAUUUCUUAAUAUACAUGAAAGUAAAACUGAAAUUUUCUAAUACUAUGUUUUUAGCAGAUACUCUUUAAAAUAACAAUGUUUCUCUGUUAUAUUACAGAUAAUUCAGUCGCAAAUUUUGUUCAUGCCAGGAAUUGAACUUUCCCACCAUUUAAUAAAACCUAUUUUAACUAUGGGUUAUUUAAAUUAGCAAACUUUUCCUUAACUAAAUAUUGUAAAAGAACAACUUACAGAACGAAAUAAUUUUUCAGUUUCUUUUGAUAUUAAAUACAGCGCUUUUCAAAAAUAAUAAUUAAUAAAAAAAACAUAUCUUCUUUUAAAAUUUUAGUUUAUUAUAAAUAAUUUUAAGUAAAUUUGUACUUUGCUUGAAAAACCUUUUUAUUUCCUUAGUGAAUAAAACUUUUGUUGCUAACAAGACAUAUUCCAUCAUAUUUAUUAAAUUUAUUUUUGGAAUAAGCAUUUAUUAUUGAUAGAGAAAUUUAUAUAAUUUUUUAUAAGUUCAUUUAUAUUAAUAUAUGUUUAUUAAAGGUUAAAUUCCACGUAAUUAUUAUUAGAUAAAUUCUUACUUUAUACAAUAAAAUAUUUUUUUUGACAGUAAAUAUCUUAGUAUUAGGGA